AAUUUAAGUACAUUUCUAUUUCUAACUACCACUGGAAACGUGUUUUGCGUUGGUUGCACAAUGCACACUGAUAUUAUAAAUUAUCCAUUCCUUUUCAGCAAUAAAAAACAUUCCUCACAUUCACCUUAAUUAUUUUCUUCUACUAUCUCACUCACACUAUCCAGCUAACUAUGUUGCAAAGAAGUAGAACCCUUCCUAGCAGAACCCACCAAGGAGUUAUUGAAGAGAGGCAUGAUAUCAGACACUACUUAGAAGUGGAAGCACAGCACAAAAUCCAAAAGGAGGAGGCUGAGGCAAUUACCAUUCAGUCCAAUUAUUCCAAGUGCUUUGAUGAUGAUGGUCGCCUCAAAAGAACAGGAACAUUUUGGACAGCAACUGCUCAUAUCAUAACUGCUGUGAUAGGCUCUGGAGUCCUUUCCCUGGCAUGGGCAAUAGCUCAACUUGGUUGGGCUGUUGGACCUGUUGUCAUGUUUCUCUUCGCCGUCGUUAAUCUCUACACUUCCAGUUUACUAACACAGUGUUACAGAACAGAUGACUCUGUUACUGGACAGAGAAAUUACACCUACAUGGAUGCAGUAAAGUCCAUCUUAGGAGGAAAAAAGGUCAAAAUUUGUGGUGUGAUUCAAUAUGUGAAUCUCUUUGGAGUUGCAAUUGGAUACACCAUUGCUGCCUCAGUUAGCAUGAUGGCUAUAAAAAGGUCAAAUUGUUAUCAUGAGAGUCAUGGAAAAGAUCCAUGUCAUAUGUCAAGCAAUGGCUACAUGAUAACAUUUGGUGUAGCAGAAGUGUUACUUUCUCAAAUCCCAGACUUUGAUCAAGUAUGGUGGCUAUCCAUAGUUGCAGCUAUCAUGUCCUUCACUUAUUCUGCAGUUGGAUUGGGUCUAGGUGUGGCCAAAGUAGCAGAAAAUAGAAGUUUUAAAGGAAGUUUGAUGGGAAUUAGCAUCGGCACAGUGACACAAGCUGGAACAGUCACAGGCACAAACAAAAUAUGGAGGAGUUUACAAGCUCUUGGGGCAAUGGCUUUUGCAUACUCCUUUUCCAUUAUCCUCAUUGAAAUUCAGGACACUAUAAAAUCACCUCCUUCGGAGCACAAGACCAUGAAAAAGGCCACUAUGUUGAGCAUCAUGAUUACUACAGUGUUCUAUAUACUCUGUGGUAGCAUGGGUUAUGCAGCCUUUGGAGAUCAUGUACCUGGAAAUCUCUUGACUGGUUUUGGAUUCUAUAACCCUUAUUGGCUUCUUGACAUUGCCAACUUUGCAAUUGUUGUGCAUCUAAUUGGAGCAUACCAGGUAUUUUCCCAGCCCUUAUUUGCAUUUGUUGAGAAGUGGAGUGCACGUAAAUGGCCAAAGAAUAAUUUUGUCACUGCAGAAUAUGAAAUAGCCAUUCCAUGCACUGGGGUGUACAAACUCAACUUUUUCCGCUUAAUAUGGAGGACUAUUUUUGUGUUAUUGACAACCAUCAUAGCCAUGCUAUUGCCAUUUUUCAAUGAUGUGGUUGGAAUACUUGGAGCUUUUGGGUUCUGGCCUUUAACAGUUUAUUUCCCAAUUGACAUGUACAUUUCACAAAAAAAGAUUGGAAGAUGGACUAAUAAGUGGAUUGGACUUCAGAUGCUUAGUGUAUGUUGUCUCAUCAUUUCACUAUUAGCAGCUGUUGGAUCCAUUGCUGGGGUGGUUUUGGAUCUCAAGACUUACAAGCCAUUCAAAACUAGUUAUUGAGUGAAAAAGAAAACGAUUGUAUCAUUAGUAAAUGAUAAGCUUGUUUGUGAAAAAAAUGCUUAAUGCAGUGCCUUUAGGUGUUAGAACAGAAGUAUUUUAGAAUGAAAAUUGUAGUUUGACAUAACUCAUAUUUGGAUGUAUUAUGUAUACAUAUCGAUGUGCAAGUACCACUUUGAAGUUACAAGGAAUAAUUUAUAUGCCUAAGAGAUUGACUAUUGUACUUCU